CCAAUUCUACCGCCCAACACAUAUCCCGACUCGCUUCACUCUCCUGGCCUUUUUCGCCCUGCUCUGGACUUGAUCAGUUCUGAUAUCGAAUCGUCUAGCAAACCCCCCCUAUCUACUACGAGACCCUAUCCCGGAGCCUCAACCGCAGCUUUCCUAAGCCGCCAGCCCCCCCCCCGCGCACGAGCUUACUCCGCAGCGAAUCCUCCUCCAACCCUCGACCAGAAUUCGACGGGCUUCACGCUUUGA